AUGGAAUUGUCAUCAAAAAUUUUAAAUCACGUCUUUCUAUUAAAACAUACAAAAUCGCAUAUAGAUGUAUUCAUUAAUUAUUCUAUCGUUUUAAUGAAAAAAUUGGAAACUUCAGUUGGAGAAGAAUUAGAUGUUUUCCAUUAUAUUUUUCGCUGUACAUUGGAUAUAAUAUGUGACGCCAUGAUGGGUAAGAAAAUAAAUUUGCUGACAAAUCCGGAUUGCAAAUUAGCUGAAUUAAUAGAAUGUGGAAUGGUUAUAGCUGCACAGAGGAUCUUCAAAUUAUGGUUACAUCCGAAUAUAAUUUUUUAUAACACUGCUAUAGAAAAGAAAUAUCAGGUUAAAAUUAAUCGGGAAUUGACAGAGGGAAAUUUAGAACCAAAGUUAAGGACACUUCUAGAUUUUUUAUUUGAAUUGUCGCACGAAUGGGAAAAAUAUUCGGAGCAAGAUAUCCGCGAUGAAAUGAAUACAAUAAUUAUAGCUGGAAGCGAAACUUCAGCCACAAUCAUUAGCUUUGUACUUUUAAUGCUUGCUACAUUUCCGGAUAUUCAAGUACGUGUAUAA